CUAACAGCUGGUAUGGGUUUGAGCCGGAACUGUGAAAUGAAACCGGUUCAUCUUCUUCAUUCUUACUUCUUACAACGAAUCGAACCAAGCAAUUGUCAACCCGGACUGGCGAACUAGGACCAAUUUUCUCUACGGUCUCUUCAACGCAGGAAUGCAGAACUGCAUGGUUGGCUGGGACAAGUUUUCUAAGUGUAGAACCAUUGAACUUUUAUAAUAAGGUUCAUGCAAUGCCUGAGGUUGGGGAGCAGGAUGCAGAUGAUCGUGUCCUAGAAGAUAUAGAUAUUGAUCUUAGGGAGCUCUACUUCUUGAUUCUACAUUUUUUAGCUAAUGGACCAUGCCAACAAUCCUUUGAUCAGCUGUGGAAGGAACUUUCUGAGAAUGAGCUCUUACCACGGAGAUAUCAUGCUUGGUACUCCAGGAGUGGUAGGCUCAGUGGACAUGUUAAUGAUGAUGGGAUAUCUUUUCCUUUAUCUUAUGAUAAAUUGGUUGAAAGGAAUCCGCACAUUAGGAAAGAUCAUUUGUUAAAGUUGCUGAAGCAACUGAUGUUGAAUGUGGCUCCUUCAAUGCAUAGCAUGGAAAGGUAUGCUGCUCCAAGUGCAGCAGAUGUUCCUACUUUGCUUGGAGUUGGAGACUUUUCACUUGUGAUGUCUGGUAGGACAGAAGUAAACAGUCAAGCAAAGCCUCCUGCCUACUUACGCUGGCCACACUCGCGGGCAAAUCAAGUUCAUGGACUAAAUUUGCGAGAAAUUGGAGGAGGUUUCACAAAGCACCACCGCGCUCCAUCCAUUAGACAUGCAUGCUAUGCUGUUGCCAAACCAUCAAUUAUGGUACAAAGGAUGCAAAAUAUAAAGAGAUUGAGGGGUCACAGAGCUGCUGUUUAUUGUGCAAUAUUUGACCGGUCAGGGAGAUAUGUGAUAACGGGGUCAGAUGAUCGCCUGGUCAAAAUUUGGUCUAUGGAAACUGCAUUUUGCCUUGCUAGCUGUCGUGGACAUGAAGGUGACAUUACUGACUUGGCUGUUAGCUCAAAUAAUGUUAUGGUGGCUUCGGCAUCAAAUGACUACAGUAUCCGAGUGUGGCUCUUGCCAGAUGGCCGUCCUAUUUCUGUUUUACGUGGACAUACUGGAGCUGUUACUGCAAUUGCAUUUAGUCCUAGACCUGGCUUCCAGCUUCUGUCGUCAUCUGAUGAUGGUACAUGCCGCAUAUGGGAUGCCAAAAAUCCCAAGAGCAGUCCUCAAAUUUACAGGCCAAAGCCCACAGAUACUAAAACUGGCAAUAAGAAUGGCACGUCAUCUGCUAUUCUAACUUCCAGUGAUCCACCGUCUCAUCAAAUACUAUGCUGCGCUUUCAAUGCUACUGGAUCUUUCUUUGUUACUGGAAGCUCCGACACCAUUGCACGGGUUUGGAAUGCUUGCAAGGUUACAGAUAACUUUGAACAACCCAUUCAUGAAGUUGAUAUAUUGGCUGGUCAUGAGAAUGAUGUCAAUUAUGUUCAAUUUAGUGGCUGUGCCGUGGCUCCAAAGUUUUCUUCUCCCUCUCCUUUUACAGAGGAUACUAGAAUGAAAUUCAAAAACUCCUGGUUUAGUCAUGACAGCAUUGUUACAUGUUCUCGCGAUGGUAGUGCAAUUAUUUGGAUUCCCAGGACAAGGCGAUUUCAUAGUAAAGCUGGUCGUUGGAUGCAAGCUUACCAUCUGAAAGUUCCUCCUCCUCCAUUGCCACCUCAGCCUCCCCGUGGAGGUCCCCGUCGUAGACUUCUUCCAACUCCACGUGGUGUUAACAUGAUUGUAUGGAGCCUUGAUAAUCGCUUUGUACUUGCUGCAAUAAUGGAUUGCAGAAUAUGUGUUUGGAAUGCUAGUGAUGGUAGCUUGGUACAUUGUUUGACUGGCCACACAGAAUCUACUUAUGUUUUGGAUGUUCACCCUUUUAAUCCUCGGAUAGCCAUGAGUGCUGGAUACGACGGAAAAACGAUUGUGUGGGAUAUAUGGGAAGGGACACCUAUUAUGACAUACAAAAUUGGACGAUUUAAGCUGGUUGACGGAAAGUUUUCUCAGGAUGGAACAUCAAUAGUACUCUCGGAUGAGGUUGGACAAGUUUGUCUUCUAAACACAGGUGAAGGGGAGUCCCAGAAAGAUGCACAAUAUGACCAGUUCUUCCUUGGUGAUUACCGGCCCCUUACCCAGGAUACACAAGGAAAUGUCGUUGAUCAGGAGACGCAGCUCGUUCCAUAUCGGAGAAACAUUCAAGAUUGUCUCUGUGAUGGCAGUAUGAUACCAUAUCCUGAACCAUAUCAGAGUAUGUUCCAGAAACGGAGGCUCAGUGCACUCGGUAUUGAUUGGCAUCCUCCCUCCAUAAAAUUUGCCAUUGGCACAGAUAUUGGUUUAGGCGAAGAGAUCCUUCCAUUGGCAGACUUAGACACACUGUUUGAACCAAUUCCUUAUCUUGUGGAGACUUUGUACUUGGAGCCAGAUAUUGAAGCCAUAAAUGGUGACACAGAUUCUGAAUACAAUCUCACUGAUGAAGAUCCAACUGAAAGUGAGAGAGGUAGUUUGAGCUCCUAUUCUCUCAGCGAUUCAGAAUACAUUGAGGACUGUAGGAAUGUUCACAUAAGAGGGAAGAAACGGAAAACUGAUGUUCUGAUUGCUUCCUCAGGAAAGCAUAACAAAAGGAGGAAUUUGGAUCAGUGUGGUGGUAGUAUAUCUAGAAAUAAGAGAAAUAAACAAAAGAGUGCAAAUACAUUCUCAAGAAGGAAGUCAUCCAGAGCAAAGUCACUAGUAUCUCAGCGAUUUGCGCGCAUUCCUCGUGGUAUUUAUGCUCAGAUAAUUGAAUCGUCUACAGAUGGAGAUGAUGAAGUUAGCUCUGCAGAUGGCUCCUCAGAAAGUGAGAUACAGCCGGAUUAUUCUGUUAAGCAUCCUGAGUCGUCUAGACCUCAUGUAAACAGAGGGAAUGAUAGGAAAUUAGUGUUUAAGUUUUCACUUCGUGACUCAAAGAAAUUAUUGUCCUCUGAAAAUUCCAAUUGUGAAAGUGCUCAUAUGGAUGAUCUGAUCCCUUCAUCUUCCAUAGCAAACCAAGAAGCUUCUAAAGACAACCAAAUCGUUCUAUCAUCAGAUGUUCUAGUGUCUUGUUCUGCAAAGUCUACUAAUGUCCUGCCAUCUGGAGAAUGUGCUGGAACUCAGACACUUGACAAUCAUCUGAAGAUUGACAGUCACCUGAAAGCUUCUUCAAGUCAUAAGCGGAUCAAGAUAAGAUUUGGGAAGGGCAAAAUGCAGAGCUUGAAUGGCAUCAAUGUAAACAUGGAAGGCCAACGUAAUCAUGGAGCUCCACAAAUUGAUGAUUUUCAUACAGAAGAUGCUCACAAACUUCUGUUGUACGAGUCUGCAUCCCUUAAUGAUCACCAGCCAAGUACAGUUUCUGCUUGUGAUGAAAUUCAUAAAGAAAAACAUAAGAAUUCUUCUGGGCUUGAUGCAGGCAAAGAUUUUCAGUUGAUCAGAAAUGUCUCUCAAUGUGAUGAACCCGAGAAUCAAAUUAAGCCAACUAAAUUGAGAAUUAAACUGAAUUCCAAAAUCUCAGUAGAUAACUCUGCCCGUGGUUUAAUGGAUUGUUCCGAAUUGACAGAAUUUAAAGGAACCUUGGGGAAUACAGAUGCUGCAAGUCACAUCCUUAAUGUGAGGAAAGGCUUCCAGCUAGAGCAAAACUCAAGAAAUGAAGGAAAGUUGCCCAAGAGAGAACUUAAUCAGAUUUCAUCAAAUGAAUGGAUGUCAAAUUCAGAAAUGAGUGUAAGAUCUAGUGCCAUCCAAAGCAAAAGAUAUGUGCAUUGUCAUAAUGACCCUUUAGUUGUAAAUGAAGGAUAUCAACCGCCACAAAAAGCCAACUGGUUAAUGUUGUCAGUACACGAGGAUUGUAGUUAUGUCCCUCAACUUGGCGAUGAAGUUGCAUACUUGAGACAGGGCCAUCAAGAAUAUAUUGAAAAGAUGUGCUUAUUGGAAGAAGGCCCUUGGAUAAGGCUUAAGAAAGAGAUCAGAUCUGUUGAGUUUUGUUUAGUUGAAAGGCUUGACUAUGCUACAUUUCCAGGUUCUGGGGACAGCUGCUGUAAAAUCACACUUAAGUUUAUGGACCCGUCCUCUUGUGUGUAUGGUGAAAAUUUUAAAUUCACACUUUCUGAAUUGACGGGGUUUGCUGACUUUGUUGUGGAAAGGACUUGGUAUGAUGCUACUAUGAAGAGAAACUGGACUUCGGGGGAUAAAUGUCAGGUGUUAUGGAAGGAACUUGGUGAAAUCGGUAAAUGGUGGGAAGGAACAAUUGUUGCUUGUAAGGAUAAAUCUAAUGAGUUCCCUGAAAGUCCAUGGGAAAGAUAUUCUGUGGUAUAUAAGGAUGGUCCUGAUACCUUUUUCCAUAGUCCAUGGGAGUUGCAUGACCCUAACAAUCCGUGGUUGUAUCCUCAUAUUGACUAUGAGACCAGAGACAAGUUGUUGUCUUGCUUCAAUUACUUGAACGAGAGCAUAAAUCAGGAUCAUUAUGGAAUCCUAAAACUGAGAAAUGUCGCAAGGAAAUCAGAUUAUAUGAAUGGGUUUUCUGUUCCAUUGUCUCUUGAUUUGAUCAAUUUUCGGUUGAGAGAAGACUAUUAUCGGAGGUUGGAGGCUGUGAAACAUGAUAUCAAUGUCGCGUUAUCAAAUGCCUAUUCCUAUUUUAGGAAGGAUACCCGGCUUACAGCAAAAUUGAGGAGCCUUUCAAAAUGGUUUUCAGAACAAUUAUGCGACUUGUAGAACAUCUAAAACUUGGAUAAAUUACUUCUUUUCUCUUUCUUCCCAAAUUUUGAAAUGUGAACUUGGCUGGGAACAUAUAGCUUAUAUAUAGUUAAUUAUGGUUGAGAAAUGUGCUCCUAAUUCCUUUGAUUGAUCUGUUGUAAUUGAAAUGUUGUGUUGAUAGUAUUGGAGAGAUUCUAUGAAGCCUUUUUCUCAUUUGUAUUGUCAUCAUUGCAAGAU